CCUGAGUUUCGCCAAUCCAAAAGCAGGGGUGGGACGGUGCAGGCGCAGAGGAUUAGGUUUGGCUGGACUCGAUUUAAAGAGACAGAAGCUGCCGCGGUCCAAGAAGACAGUCCCCAAGACCCUCCCCCCAAGUCCUUGGGACCACUUGGGUCCCCAAAGCUGGGGAGAUGGUUUGCGGAGGAUUUGCCUGCUCCAAGAAUGCGCUGUGCGCGCUCAACGUGGUCUACAUGCUGGUAGGCUUGUUGCUCAUUGGAGUGGCUGCCUGGGCUAAGGGCCUUGGUCUCGUAUCCAGCAUACACAUCGUCGGAGGAGUCAUUGCUGUGGGAGUCUUCCUUCUUCUCAUCGCGGUAGCUGGACUGGUGGGUGCUAUCAACCACCACCAAGUACUGCUAUUCUUUUACAUGAUCAUCCUUGGUUUGGUCUUCGUCUUCCAGUUUGUAAUCUCUUGCUCAUGUCUGGCUAUUAACCUAAGUAAACAGACAGAUGUCAUUAAUGCUUCUUGGUGGGUCAUGAGCAAUAAGACCCGGGAUGAACUGGAAAGAAGUUUUGAUUGCUGUGGCUUGUUCAACCUCACAGCCCUGGAUCAACAAGAUUACGCUUUCUGCACUGCAAUCUGCAAGAGCAGGAGCCCCACAUGCCAGAUGUGUGGCGAAAAGCUUCUUAAGCACUCAGAUGAAGCCCUGAAAAUUCUGGGGGGUGUUGGACUCUUCUUCAGCUUCACAGAGAUCCUUGGUGUUUGGCUAGCGAUGAGAUUUCGGAAUCAGAAAGAUCCUCGAGCCAACCCCAGUGCCUUUCUAUGAGACUCUGGAUCCUUCUGACUUCUCUCCUGCUGUCUGUUCUCCCUAAGCUUUUUCUCUCUCCCUUAGGGAAAACCUGGGAUCUAAAGCCCUUUUUGAGAAAAAGGAAAGGCCCUACGCCAUGUUCCCUAAAGAUAACUAGCUAGGUUUUAUGCCUUGACAUGUUUUGGUGGGAGCAAGAUUAUAAAGAGUAAAGAAAACCUUCCUUCCUCUCUCCCUAAGUGGACAUGGGAAGCUCCUGGGAGUCCAUGGGAUGGGAUGGGGGUUGGAAUCAUCCCUGGCUCUUCUCCCUCUUCUCUCUUCCACACGCUGGACCACCUCAACACAUCCUGGCUCCAAGGGUAAAUCGGGGACAGAGCCAGAGAGAAAGCCACCAAGAACUCUUAUAAUAAGCAAGACCCAGUUGGGGGAAGCUCAGUGACUAUAAAAAUAAAAGCCAUUUGAACUCCA